GAGGGAAGCAGCCGUCGGCCGCCGCGGUGAGCCGGUCUGGGGAAGGAGGAAGGAGGUAGGCGCAGAGCGCGGUCCCCGCCGGCCUGCCCCGAGCCAUGUGAAGAUGAGACAGGAAUCUGUGCCAUCCAAAUUGUUUGAUCCAGUGAAUCUGCAAGGAAAGGUCUCUGAGGCCCCUGUGUGCUGACUGCAUGACAAACCCUAAAGGAAAUGCCAGUCGUGAUGGCCCGGGACCUGGAAGAAACAGCAUCAUCCUCAGAGGAUGAGGAGGUGGUAAGCCAAGAGACAGAACGUUAUCAUUUGUCUUAUAAGAUUGUGCGAACGGAUAGUCGCCUGGUACGCAGCAUUCUGACAGCCCAUGGAUUUCAUGAAGUUCACCCAAGCAGCACUGACUAUAAUCUAAUGUGGACAGGAUCCCACCUGAAGCCCUUCUUACUUCGCACCCUCUCUGAAGCACAAAAGGUUAAUCAUUUUCCCAGGUCUUAUGAGCUAACCCGGAAGGACCGACUGUACAAAAACGUCAUUCGAAUGCAGCAUACGCAUGGAUUCAAGGCUUUUCACAUCCUCCCUCAGACCUUCCUCCUGCCAGCUGAGUAUGCGGAAUUCUGUAAUUCAUAUUCAAAGGACCGGGGACCUUGGAUAGUAAAACCAGUGGCUUCUUCUAGGGGGCGGGGCGUCUACCUGAUCAACAACCCAAACCAGAUUUCCCUGGAAGAGAACAUCCUGGUCUCCCGUUACAUUAACAACCCCCUGCUCAUAGAUGAUUUCAAGUUUGACUUGCGCCUCUAUGUGCUCGUGACUUCCUAUGAUCCUCUUGUCAUCUAUCUCUAUGAAGAAGGAUUGGCUAGGUUUGCAACUGUGCGAUAUGAUCAAGGAGCCAAGAACAUUCGGAACCAGUUCAUGCAUCUGACAAACUACAGUGUGAAUAAGAAGAGUGGAGACUAUGUCAGUUGUGAUGAUCCAGAAGUGGAAGAUUAUGGGAAUAAAUGGAGCAUGAGUGCUAUGCUUAGGUACCUGAAACAAGAAGGCAGAGACACAACUGCAUUAAUGGCCCAUGUAGAAGACCUGAUCAUUAAGACUAUAAUCUCUGCUGAACUAGCUAUUGCUACAGCCUGCAAAACCUUUGUUCCUCAUCGCAGCAGUUGUUUUGAACUCUAUGGCUUUGACGUGCUCAUAGAUUCUACUCUGAAGCCAUGGUUGUUGGAAGUGAAUCUCUCUCCUUCUUUGGCUUGUGAUGCACCUCUGGACCUAAAGAUUAAAGCCAGUAUGAUUUCAGAUAUGUUCACGGUUGUAGGAUUUGUGUGCCAAGAUCCUGCCCAGCGGACAUCAUCCCGGCCAGUUUAUCCCACCUUUGAGUCUUCCAGGCGAAAUCCUUUCCAAAAACCUCAGCGUUCCCGUCCACUCUCUGCCAGUGAUGCGGAAAUGAAAAACCUUAUGGGCUCAACCCGGGAGAAAGUGCCGGGGAAGUUAGGUGGUUCUGUGCUUGGUCUGUCAAUGGAGGAGAUCAAAGUUUUACGGAGGGUGAAGGAAGAGAAUGAUCGGAGAGGUGGAUUUAUUCGCAUAUUUCCUACAUCUGAGACAUGGGAAAUAUAUGGGUCCUUCCUCGAGCACAAAACCUCUAUGAACUAUAUGCUGGCAACACGCCUCUUCCAGGACAGCAACAUUAGUGAUUCUUCGCAUUUAGUGAUUACCCAACCAGCUGAAAUGAAUGUUAAAACUGAGACAGAGAGUGAAGAAGAAGAAGAAGUUGCAUUAGACGAUGAAGAACAGGAAGCUUCCCAGGAGGAGUCUGCAGAGUCUUUUGGAGAAAAUCAAGCCAAAUAUACACCCUCAUUGACUGUUACAGUAGAAAAUUCACCCAAAGAAAAUUCCUUGAAAAUUCCUGAAUGGAAUAAUAAAGGUGAACAAUGCUGCAAAACUGAGACUCAGGAGCCAGAGCCUAAAUUUAACCUGAUGCAGAUUCUGCAAGAUAAUGGAAAUCUUAGCAAAGUGCAGGCCCGAAUAGCAUUCUCUGCCUAUCUCCAGCAUGUUCAAAUUCGCCUGAUGAAAGACAGUGGAGGUCAGACGUUCAAUGCCAGUUGGGCUGCCAAAGAGGAUGAACAGAUGGAGCUGGUGGUUCGUUUCCUCAAGCGAGCAUCAAGUAACCUCCAGCACUCACUGAGGAUGGUAUUACCCAGUCGACGAUUGGCACUUCUAGAACGCAGAAGAAUCCUGGCCCACCAACUGGGUGACUUUAUCAUUGUAUACAACAAGGAAACAGAACAAAUGGCUGAAAAGAAAUCGAAGAAGAAACAUGAGGAAGAAGAGGAAGAUGGGGUGAAUACGGAAAGCUUUCAGGAGUUCAUCAGACAAGCAAGUGAGGCUGAACUGGAGGAAGUUUUGACUUUUUACACCCAAAAAAACAAGUCUGCAAGCGUCUUCCUGGGGACUCACUCUAAAAGUUCUAAGAACAGCAACAGUUAUUCUGAUAGUGGGGCAAAAGGUGAUCACCCUGAGACGAUGGAAGAAGUAAAAAUAAAGCCACCCAAACAGCAACAGGCAACAGAAAUUCAUUGUGAUAAAUUAUCUCGAUCUACCACUUCAGCUGAAAAAGAGGCUAAAUUAGUCUGUACCAAUUCUUCCUCUACUUCUGUCUCUGGUCCUGCCGCUACUCUUCUGCAGAAAAUUCCCAACACCCAUUUGUCAUCUAUUAUUUCAACUUCUGACCUCUCACCAGGGCCUGGCCACCAUUCUUCUUUGUCUCAAAUUCCUCCAGCUCUCCCCAGCAUGCCUCACCAGCCAGCAAUCUUACUGAACACAGGCUCUGACAAUGCUUCUCCCUCUAUACAUCCUGGAACACAGAACAUACCAAGCCCCGCUGGCCUGCCACGCUGUCGAUCAGGCAGUUACACCAUUGGCCCCUUUUCCUCUUUCCAAAGUGCUGCACAAAUCUAUAGCCAGAAAUUGUCUCGUCCCUCUUCAGCAAAGGCAGGUUCAUGCCAUCCAAAUAAGCAUCAUUCAGGAAUAACCAAAACACAAAAGGAGGGAGAAGAUGGUUCUUUGUACAGCAAACGGUACAGCCAAAGUAUGAUUACAGCUGAACUUCAGCGGCUAGCUGAGAAGCAGGCAGCAAGGCAAUAUUCUCCAUCCAGCCACAUCAGUCUCCUCACACAACAGGUAACAAACCUGAAUUUGGCAACUGGCAUCAUAAACAGAAGCAGUGCUUCAACUCCCCCCACCCUUCGCCCUGUCAUCAUUCCUAGUGGCCCGACAUGGUCAAUACAGUCAGAUCCCCAACCACCCGAGGACCACUCCAGCCCUCCUGGAAGCAGGAGCCUCCAAACAGAUGGCUUUGCCUGGGAGGGAGAGGUAGAGAACAACGCAUAUAGCAAGGCUACAGGGGUGGUCCCCCAGCACAAGUAUCACCCCACAGCGGGCAGUUACCAACUCCAUUUUGCCCUGCAGCAACUUGAACAGCAAAAACUUCAGUCCCGGCAGCUUCUGGAUCAGAGUCGAGCCCGGCACCAGGCAAUCUUUGGUAGCCAGACACUACCUAACUCCAACUUAUGGACAGUGAAUAAUGGGGCAGGCUGCAGAAUUUCAAGUGCUACAGUUAGUGGCCAGAAGCCAACCACUCUGCCACAAAAACUGGUGCCACCUCCAAGUUCUUCCUCCUCCCUGGUCCCCAAGCCCCCACCCAAUCACAAACAAAUGCUCAGAAAGGCAACAUCCCAGAGGGCUUCCAAAGGGUCCUCCGUAGAAGGGCAGCUGAAUGGACUCCAGAGCAGCCUUAACCCUGCCGCCUUUGUGCCCAUCGCCAGCUCCACAGAUCCUGCUCACACUAAAAGAUGAACCACAAACACAUGGAGGAAGAACCUAUUCGCCACUGCUGGAUGCGUGACUGAGGGUGAAGCAUCCACCAGCACUGCACGGGGGUUCGUAGUAUGUUUUUGCUGCCUCAGAGUCCCCAAAGCCUUCAAGCAGAAGUGGCAGGAGAUGGUUGCCAAUCAGCCAAUCCAGACUUUUACUGGUACAACAGGAAAAUAGAUCCUUUGGCUUUUGAUGGAACUCGGAAGUGGGGACAUUCAGCUGCUGCGUUAUUAACCCAUCAGAGCACACGUGUAUCUUUUACCUUCCCUUCACCCCACCCCCAACCUGCCUAGGUCUUCUCUGUCCCUUUCCUGCUACUGCACAGAGAUGAUAUAAAAGAGGCUCUUUGGCUAUUUGCAUUUUGCUUCCUCUUCUUUUCCAGAUUGCAGUAUUCAGCAAUAUUGUCUUUGUACAAGCUUGAAAUCCCAGCAUCAUUAUCUACCAAAGUUGCUCUUCCCUUUUAAGAGGGUCUGGGGGGAGGGAAGAGCAUACAUCACAAGUCUCCCAGAGAGAGGAGACCAGUCGGUGUGCUACUGCUAACAUGAGCCAGGGUAAAGGUACCCUUUCAAAUUACUGAUUUCUAAGAUUAAUAAAGUAAUUCUAUUU